UCGGGACACGCGAUCUUCAUCACGCGCGCUCCCCGCUGUUGUCGUUCUCCUUGGGCGCGUACGCACCGUCGCCCGACACUCCUAUGCCCAUUCAGUCUAGGCCAUCGCCCGCGUCGGCCCACGCAUCACUGCCUGCUCCCACUGCGCGCUUGCGCCCUGACCGCCGCACUCGAGAAGUCAAGGAGCUUACAGGAAACCAUGGAAUCCGCACGCUUGCGCGACGACCACUUGGCUGCAGUGCGCAAGAUGGGCCGAUCAAACACGCGCGAGGGCGAAACACGGGCAGAGGUACGCACGGAACCAGCACGCACGGAGCCGCGGACAUACCUGGAGGUAGAGCUUCAGGCUCUCACUUGGGAGCAAAUGAAGAUGAUGGUGCGAAGCAAGUUUCUUCCCCAGAGCUUUUGGGACAGAAUGGAGCAUGAGUUCUACCACUUGCAGCAGGGCAGUUCCACGGUGGAUGAGUAUGUCCGUACCUUCACUCGCAUGUGCCUUUUUGCGGGCGACGCUGUGAACACCGAUGCCAAGAAGGCCCGCAAGUUCCUUAAGGGGCUCAACCAGAGGAUCCGUGAGCUGGUGGGGAGCCACGGACAGAUGUCUUAUGCAGAUACCGUGAGUCGGGCUCAGGAGUUCGAGAGCUGUCUCUUUCCAUUGACUCCAGUUCCUUCUUUUUAUCAUGCUUCCCAGCCGUCUCGGACUGUGGUCCAGUAUGCUCAGCCUAUUUCCUCGGCCCCGCCCGGCUCUAGCUCGGGUAAGAGAAAGUCAGAUUCCCACCGGGAUAACCGGAAGGGAAAGCGAGGAGGUCCAGACCGGCGCAAUCAUCCCUCUUCUGGCAACCGCACCUGCAAGAAAUGUGGCAAGUACCAUAGUGGCGAGUGCUUAGCCGACCAGCGAGCCUGUUUCAACUGCAACCGUCCGGGUCAUUAUGCCAGUGUCUGUCCGGAGCCCAAGAGGCAGCAGUA